AGGUUUCAAAUACUGACUUUUAGAGUAAAGGGAUGUUACAUAGUAUUCUAGAGUGACAAUCCAAUGUGCCUGUUGGAAUGCAGUUGUCAUGCAAUUCCCCCCUUGUUACUGUCAUGACCCUUUCCUAGGGCCAAUUGUCCCGAACCUGCGCCUCAGCAUUUGCCACACCGCUCCACCAUAAACCCCGCGUACUCGCCACACGCUUAGGUUGAUGAACAUGGCUCUACCACACAAUCUAAUAUCCCGGUUAUUCAUCAGUGGCAUCCAGAAUGGCAAACUGCCUCAGGUAUACCCCACUUCGGCCGGUGAUGCCUAUCUUACCAAAGAUCACAUUGCGCUUGUGAUUGCGUCCACUCUGUGUGAAAAGCAAGGACAAACUAGUACAUUUGAACUAUGCUCUAUUCUCAACAUUGAUAGAGAGCUACUGGACUCUGUGCUAACUGAGUAUGAGCAAGAGCGUGCUUGGACAGUCACCAAUGAUACGAUUCUGACGAAGGCGAGGCAAAAUUCUAUUCUUGAAGACAUGGACAAAGAUAUUACCGAACAUGGGUGUGUUUCUAUAAUUGUCAAAGCCCAAGCGCUUGGCAUUCCGUAUCAGUUUUUACAAAAGCUAGCAGACUCGGGGAUAGCCGAUGGCCGUAUUCAUGUUCACGAUACCUUUAGCUCAUCGGGAUUGUUAUUGAGUGAAAAUUAUGUGGAAGAUAAUGAACGAAGAUUGAAGGACAUACUUGCUAAAGUCACAGAGCCACUGUCGAUGCAAAAAGUACAGAAAGAGUCGGAUAUACCUGCAGCUGUGUUUUAUGAUUUGUUUGAACACAUUCUCAAGGGCGAGGAAACAAACGGAUUCGUUCGUGGAAGAAGAGAAAAUGCACUUUUUGUGCCAAAUGUCUAUCGGGAUGGCCAAGCGUUAAUGAUCCGCGAAUUUGUAGAAUCAAACGAUUGUAUAGACUAUCAGCGACUGAAUUCAUACCAUUUGUAUAAUGUGACCCCAAAAGACUUCCUAGUCAACCAUUUCCCGGACAUUCAACUACUUGAUACCUGCGCUGUCACAUCGAAUAUCAAACUUAUUAUUAAGGCCGAAAUAGAUGAAGCGCUCGGUAGUGAUCAUUGGAUCAACGUCGCGAAUUUGGUGUCGCCAAUUUUGGCACCUUCGGACAUAUCCAUGCUAAUUGCGAAUAUCACCGAUGAGAAAAAUGACCCUCGACUGGUUCGAUUGGGCCAAACCUAUGUUACGACAACGGAAUGGGUGAAUAAAUCAUACGAAUCACUUCGCUCUGUCCUGGAACGCAAAGCUCUUGGAGUAAGAAAAACCAAAGCUGACGAGAAUGGCAUACAGAAGAGGCAAAAGGCAAAGCGAGGACGACAAUUAUCACAAGAGCAAGAUGAACUUGCUGAAGAUGAGGUAAGCUCUACGUUGUAACUUAUGGAAAUGCGCUUUUUGUCUCAUUACUUUUUGCAGCUUUUGGAAGGGCUAUUGAGGAAUACGGAUGUCAAAACAGAUCCAGAUUU